AUGCCCUGUUCUUGCCGCACCCCCGUUUUAGGUCGAGCAUCACAAGGCGGUGGCAAUGCUUCGUCCUCUCCACUCCCCUAUGCUGCCACGCCCUCGAGCGCCAUUGGUCAACCCAUCUCCUCCCAGGGCACUCCGCGUCGCCGUGAACUUGGCGAUGCUUCCGAACGUGCUUUUACCGUCACAAACAGUAGCGCGCAGCGAGGCGAUAGUACCUCGGAAGCACAGGAGGCCCGCACUGUGAUCUGGGGCACAGAUGUCAACACCCACGAGGCUGAGCAACGCAGCAAACGCUUCCUGCUCGAGUUUAACGACGAUUUGGACUCGGGUCGUGAGCCCAAAUACCAGCGCCUGACCAAGCAAAUGGCCGAUACAGAAGAGUGGCACGUCAACGUUGACACAGAGGACCUGCGCCAGUUUGAUAACGACUUGUACAAGCAACUUGUGCGCUACCCUCAGGAAAUUAUCCCCAUCAUGGAUAAGGCUCUCGAGGCCGUGUACCGUCAACUCACAGAUGAAGAGCCUACGGCGCAACCUCAAACGCGCCCGCACAACCUCGGCGAAUCAAAAACCAUGCGAGAUCUAAACCCGGACGACGUUGAUCAGCUUGUGGCCAUCCGCGGCAUGGUCAUCCGUGUCUCCCCCGUUAUUCCUGAACCCUCCAUCGGCUUUUUCCGCUGCUCUUCUUGCCGUCACGAAGUUCCAGUCGGCAUCCUCCGUGGCCGCAUUCUUGAACCCGAAAUCUGCGGUCGAUGCCAAACCAAGCGCUCUUUCGAACUGAUUCACAACCGCUGCACCUUCUCCGACAAGCAGAUGGUCAAGCUUCAGGAAACGCCAGAUAAAGUGCCGGAUGGCCAGACUCCACAGACUGUCCUUGCUUACACCUUUGAUGCCUUGGUCGACGCCGUCCAACCUGGUGAUUUGGUCGAAAUUACGGCCAUUUACCGUGCCUCGCCGCUGCGCAUCAACCCACGUCAGCGCACCGUCAAGUCUGUCUUCAAGACGCAUUUGGAUGUGAUUCACUUUCAACGCCAUGCUCGGAACCGCAUCGGUCACGAUGAACGCGAUGAGGAUGAAGAGAAUGUGGAUCCCGCUGUGCUGCGUGAGCGGGAGGAUCGCUUUCGCGAGCUUGGUCAGCAACCGGAUAUUUACGACCGCCUCGUUCGAUCGGUCGCGCCGUCCAUCUACGGCUUUGAUGAUGUCAAGCGUGGUGUCCUGGCCAUGCUGUUUGGCGGUACCCACAAAACGUUCAAGGAGAGUGCCCAUGGGCGCUUUCGUGGCGAGAUCAAUGUCCUCUUGUGUGGUGACCCUGGUACAUCCAAAUCUCAGCUCUUGCAGUACGCUGUCAAGCUUGCCCCACGCGGCAUGUACACCUCUGGCAAGGGUAGCUCGGCUGUCGGUCUCACAGCCUACGUGACCAAGGACCCCGAAACCAAGCAGAUUGUUCUUGAGAGCGGUGCCUUGGUUCUCUGCGAUGGUGGCAUUUGCUGUAUCGACGAGUUUGAUAAGAUGACCGAUGCCACCCGCAGCAUCCUACACGAAGUCAUGGAGCAACAGACCACGCGUGAGGAAUUGGCGCAGUACAUCUCCUUUGCCCGCAAGAGCAUUCGGCCAAAACUGACUGACGCCGCAGCCCGAGACCUGAUGACUAGCUACGUUGAGAUGCGUCAAGGAGGCAAUCAGCGUAAAACGGUUUCGGCAACGCCUCGUCAGCUCGAGUCGCUUAUUCGCCUAUCAGAGGCGCAUGCUCGCAUGCGACUGAGUGAAUUGGUCGAGCCGGAAGACGUGGCCGAGUCGGCGCGUCUGAUGCGCACGGCUCUGCAACAGGCUGCUACGGACCCCGUCACUGGUCAAAUUGAUUUGGACCUGAUUACCACGGGUCAGAGCAGCACUCGGCGGCAUUUGAAGCAGGACUUGGCCAAGACCAUUGUCAACUUGAUUCGCAAGCGUCACAUCACCACCAUCACCUUCAGCCACUUGUUGCGUGAUCUGAACGAGGAUUCAACGUUGACCAUCACCGCUGAGCAAGUUCGGGAGGCUUUGGAACAGCUCAUGGCUGACGAGUUUCUCAAGAUGCCCAAGUGCCAAGCGUGGCCCGCACCAAUUCAACUGACAAAGUUUACAAAGCGAGCACCCCUACCGGGUCUCUCUCUCUCUCUCUCUCUCUCUCUCUCUCUCUCUCUCUCUCUCUCUCUCUCUCUCUCUCAACUAAAUCUCUCUCAAAGCUCGAAUUCAAAAUUAAAACUCUUUUUCAUUUUAUUUUUUGCACUUUUGAUCCAGUGCCUGCGAAACGUCGAAAUGGCGGCGGUGCUGGCCAAGUCGGGGUUUCGGCUGGGUUCAGGGGAGGUGCAGCUGGAAGGCCCGUUUGAGAGUCAGGUGGGAGGCCGCAAGGGAUACCUGGCCAUUACCACGCGCCGCUUGUUUUGGCACUAUCUCAACAAGGAGCCCGAGGCACAGCAUCGGGUGCUGAUGUCGGACAUUAAGAAUGUGCGCGUCACACCCGUCACGUCGCCACGCCAUCUGCUGGAGGUCCAGAUUGUGGACUCGGUGCCCCUCAAGGUUCGCUUUCUCCAGCGUGAGCUCUUGGAGUCGGCUAAGAACUUGAUUCUUGGGAUUCGAGAUGGCAAACUCGAUACCCGUACCCUUGAAGAUGAGCAACUGGAGAAGGAGCGGCGCUUCGCCGCGCAGAACCCAGAGCUGAACAUGGGCGUGGGCAACGGUCAAGAGCGGUCCACCGUCGAGCGUGACCGUGCGGCUGAGGCACAACGGCGCCAAGAACUGCUGACCCAACGACGCACGCAGCUUUUGGAGUCAAACCCCAUGCUGGCUGAACUUUGCCAGCAGCUCGUCGCUACGGACGGUGCUGCCGCUGCGGAUGCCUCUGGGAGUGGUGACAGAGAGAGAGAGAGAGAGAGAGAGAGAGAGAGAGAGAGAGAGAGAGAGAGAGAGAGAGAGAGAGAGAGAGAGAGAGAGAGAGAGAGAGAGAGAGAGAGAGAUUUAGGAGAGAGAGAGAGAGAGAGAUUUAGAGAGAUUGCCUAA